UGCCGGUGUACCAGUUCAUUCAAUAAUAUUAAUAACUCUUCUUUUAUUACCGUCGCCAGUCAUGGCGUCCACCACCUCCGCCAUGACACUCAAACGCAUCCAUCGCGAAAUUGCGGACGUCCAAAAAGAGGACCUGGGUGACAUUAAGCUUGCCCCGACGGAUGACCUGCACUUGUGGAAAGGAUCUUUACCUGGACCCGAGGGUAGCGUGUACGAAGGAGGAUCGUUCGACGUUGAUAUUGUUCUUGCCAACGAUUAUCCAUUCACAGCACCGAGAGCUGUUUUCAAGACGAGGAUAUAUCAUAUGAACAUUUCAGAUCAAGGGAAUAUAUGCAUCGACAUUCUAAAGAAUAAUUGGUCGCCUGCACUAUCCCUUUUUAAGGUUAUGCUGUCUCUGUCAUCGCUAUUGACGGAUCCUAAUCCCAGGGACCCACUCGUUCCAGGAAUUGCUUCACAAUAUGUUCACAAUCGCAAGCUCCACGAUGACACCGCUCGUCGUUGGACACAGCUGUAUGCGCAACCCAAACCACCUCCGCCCGCCGCAGUACCCGCUCCGAAAGGAAAGGGAAAAGAAAAGGCGCCUGUUACGCCGGUGACAGAUAACGAACUUAUCGUGAUUUCUGAUGAUGAUUCCCCAGAACGCCCUCGCAAGAAGCGAAAGGCCUCAGUGGAGGUAGACGCUCCUUCAAGGAACAAGAGACGCACGCGAAGUAGUCAUCAGGACGACGUUAUCGUUAUUGAAGACGAUUGAGUUACUGUUAUUCGCUCUAUCCACUCGCAUGUUCCUUACCGCAAUAUUUAUCAUUCUGGACGCAUUUGCAAAGUUAUUUAGGUGUGCCUAUCUCUUUCAACGUGCCAUCCACGUCAGAUACACCACCGUGACACCAAAGGCAUGACUAGGUUACACACACAAUGCUUCUUCACGCAGUCUUCAGUGUGAGAAGGUCUCCGGCCUGUAGUGCAACUGACUAUUUGUUCUUUUAUUUAUCCUUUACGGCUUGGGAGCCUUCGUUCAUGAUUGUCUAUCUAGUGACGACG